UGCGCGAUCGUUGGGGAGGCCGGGUAGUUAGUGCGGCACCUCCAGUGACGUGAGGUUCUAGGGGGUCGUAUCACCUCCACUCUCAUGUGGUCUGCGGCACCGCCUGUUUAUUAUUUACACCUCCGUCCGGCUCUUAGAGCUUCGUGAAACAGAACAUUUACUAGAUUGUGCAGAAAAGCUUUGAAGUUGGAAAUCUAAACCCCAACGAUACAAUGGAUGAUGUUGAUGUAGCUCAUCGUUACUCAAGAAGGUGGCUGGGAUGCAGUGACAGAGACCCUCCAUUGGUCGUGGUCGAUCAUGGAUUUUGCGUCCCAGCUAUCCACAUGAUACAACCAAGGCAGAAUGAUAUGGAGUCUCCUUCUCCACACAGCUAUAACAAGGAACCUUGGGAUAUAUACACCAAGCGGAUCCUAGUUUUUACAUUGUAAAAACACCCAACAACUUCUGGAAAAAAUGGGUUCAUUUCAAUAUAUGGAAAAAUAUUGCACUGCAAACUUUGUUUGCCAUUUAAUAAACAGGUCAUUUAACUUGUCACUGAUUUGGUUUGGAGUUUGCAAGAUAAAUGUACCUUGUGCUUACUCUCUAUGAUGUUUUAUUAUGAGUACUGGAUAUGCUGAUGGAGGAAGUGCACAGUAGCACAGCAGAUUACAUCUUCACAGUGUUGUGCAAUGACAGACAGCUGAUUGGUCUUGAGUACUAGUCAAAGCUGAAAGAAUACUGAUCUCAGCAAAUGCAUGAAAGGGAGCUCAAGAAGUUGAGGACUACUUGGUGUUGAAGGUGUGGUAACAACUUCUGAAGAUGAUUUUGUCGUUGGGAUUAUUGAUUUUAUCUGCCUCACAGAUUCAUGUGAGCUUCAUGGUGUAUUUUAUUGCUUUGCUCCAUCUGUGGCCUGUGGAAGGUGACAUUCUAGCAUAUUCCAUUGAUAAUCAAACACAGAAUUUUGAUGAUCUCCCAGCAAGAUUUGGUUACCGCCUUCCUAAAGAUGGCUUAAAGGGUUUUCUUGUGUAUUCAAAACCAAAGAAUGCUUGUGAACCUAUUAUCUCCCCACCAGUAAUGGAAAACUCCUCUGUCAACUUCAUUGUUCUGAUUAGAAGAUUUGACUGCAAUUUUGAUAUCAAGGUUUUGAAUGCACAGCGAGCUGGAUACAAAGCUGCCAUUGUAUACAAUGUUGAUUCUGAUGAUCUUAUCAGUAUGGGGUCCAAUGAUGUUGAUAUUUUGAAACAAAUCACCAUUCCAUCAGUGUUUAUUGGAGCAGCAUCAGCUAAGUACCUUGAAGAAUUCAGCUAUUUCAGAGGUGGGCACAUAGUGAUACUACCUGAUUUUAGCCUUCCAUUGGAGUACUAUCUAAUUCCGUUCCUCAUCAUAGUUGGAAUCUGCUUAAUCCUGAUAGCUAUUUUUAUGAUUUCAAAAUUUAUUCAAGAUAGACACAGGGCAAGAAGAAACAGGUUGCGUAAAGAUCAGCUGAAGAAGCUACCAGUACACAAAUUCAAAAAGGGGGAUGAAUAUGAGGUAUGUGCAAUUUGUUUGGAUGAAUAUGAAGAAGGUGACAAGCUUCGCAUCCUGCCUUGUUCACAUGCAUAUCACUGCAAAUGUGUGGACCCGUGGCUAACGAGAACAAAGAAAACCUGUCCCGUCUGCAAACAGAAGGUGGUGGCAUCUCAGGGAGAAUCUGAUUCGGACAGUGAUGAGGUGGACAGCAGCCACGAAGAAAAUGACGAUGCCUCCGAGAACACUCCCCUGCUAAGGUCCUCACUCGCCUCCACCAGUGCUCACUCCUUUGGCACCAUGACAGAAUCCCAGUCCCACCCAGAAGCUGUGGAGUCCUCUGAAUAUGAGUACGAUGAUGAGGAUGAAGGAGACAGCAGUGAAGCUGAGGAUGGCAUUAAUGAAGAGACAGUAGUUCAGGUGCAACAGGCAAACCCUGAAGCCAGCACAGGAAAGAGAGGAGGAGCCAGAGAGCCAUUUGCAGUAGUUUGAUGAUUGUUUUUAAAUGCAAAAUCUGCACAUCCUUCAAAAACAAUGUGUCAAAAUUAAAAGUUGGGGAAAUAUUUCAGUUUGCUUUUCCACAGUUUAAUGUAUUGCAACUUCACAACAUAUAUAAAUGCAAACUUUCUAAGAAUUAAAAAAAACCUUUCACAGGUUCUCACUGUGAGGCUUCUGGAGUGAUAUGCAGCUCUCAUGUAAUGCAGGGCUGCCAACCGCUAAUUCUCGGUGACCUAAUACAGAUCAAAGCUGAGCAGUCUAAUGUUUCCCCAGAGUCACUGCCGCCUGUUUUAUCGUUACCGCGGUAACCUUGAAAAGUGUUGCAUUGAUCACAAAACUACCAGGUAGCUGGGUUGGACCAGUUACAUAGAUCGUAUAGAGUGACUUCAACACUAAGUAAGCAACUUGUAUACUAAGGUAGCUAAAGGUCUGGCUGAUCCUUUGUUUAAAAAAAAGCUUUAAUCAUGUAAUUUUCUCGGUUUCCUGUUAUAUAUUCUGCUUUCAACCCAACAAUCCAGGCAACUGUUUCAGAUAUACUGUAUGUAUUUGCCCCUGUCAGGUGCAUUGCAGCAACUGAAAUUCUCAGCUCUUUUUGGAUUUGAUUUUAAAUUUCUGCGCCUGAUUUCAUUUACUAUAGAUCAAUAAAUUGUCACGUCAUUAGGUAGAAAAGAACUGAUUUUCUACUGAACACUCCCAAUAAAUGCUUUAGAAGUUGCCUCCAGUUUUAUGUUAAGGUAAUACUUGGAAUUGCAGUAUGUGAGGGAGUUUAGAACUUUAAGUAUAUUAAAGUAGAAUUUUAAUUUGAGCUGUUUGAACAAAGUUUGUGUAAAUUACCUCGACAAUUAUAUGUAUGUACUAUGUGCCAAGAUGGUACAUAUAUAAAUCAUCUUGAAAGCUAAGAUUCUUAAUAAAAAUGUUAUAAUGAAAAUA